AUGGCUGAAAAUUGUAAAUUAUGCAAGGAGAACAGCUGUGAAUUAUGCAGAGAGAACAGCUGUGAGUUAUGCAGAAAGAACGCCAAUGAUCCGAAAGUUGUUUUCAAUCCAGGAAACAAAGAUUUCAACCUUCCAAUUUUUUUCACCAUAUUUCCAUUCGCCGUCUACUUGUUUGCAAUUGGACUCAUCAAACUAGAAUCAUGCCCUGCCCAACCAGCGAUUCCACCUAUUAUGAUUGUGUUAUCCAUGUGCAUAACGAUAGAGUUGCUAGUUGCUACGGCCUACACAUUCUCAUAUCCUUCGUUUUACAAUGCUUUCACAGGGAAGGUUGUGGUUUUGAGUCAUGAUUGUGAAGACGGGAUACACGUUUGCCACAAAUCGGACAAGUGCAUUGAGCCAUACAGUAUAAAAGAGCAGUUCAAGUUCAUCCUCAAGUUACAUGGGAUCUCCAGUUUCUUGUGA